AAAAUGUUGCCCUUUUGCGCCAAUACCUAAGCAUAUUAAGUUUAUUCUUAACUCAACUCUACUGCUCUGUAGAGAUGACAUACUGAAAAUGCAUGCCUCGAAGGUACUGACUGCCAGCCAAUGCACGUCUCUAAUAGAACACCAAUUUACAUAUAGUGGGAUUAAUACUGGUUUUGGAAUAAAAGUAGUGGACUCUAAAAUCUGCAAACUUGCUGCUGAUAUUAUUUUGAAAACACUUGAUCUUAUGAGCAAACUGAAGCAGGAUGUACCUGGUAUGGAAGUCAGUUUCUACAAAAUUUUACAGGAUCAACGCUUGAUUGUGCCUUUGACAUUUGCUUUAACAUCAGACCAUAGAGAGCAAGUCCAAGUGGGACUUGGAAUACUGUUUGAGGCUGCACCCUUACCAGAUUUUCCUGCCAUAGUGCUUGGUGAAAGCAUUGCGGCAAAUAAUGCUUACAGACAACAAGAAAUGGAGCACGCAUCGAAAAGAAUCCAAAUGCAGUCAUCUGUGACCAGCUUUGCUUCAGUGAGGUGUUCUUCAUCCUGUCCUUCAAGUGAUGAAUCCACAACUUCAAAUAUUCAGGAUUUAAUACAAAAACUUCAUUCUGGACUAGAGAUGAAGGAGCCAAUCACUGAUAUGAGGAUAUCUGACAUAAUGGAUGUCUAUGAGCAGAAGCUGUCGGCAUUAGCAUCUAAAGAAACUAGGCUGCAAGACCUUUUGGAAGCAAAAGCACUAGCUCUGGCUCAGGCUGAUAGGCUGAUGGCUCAGUACCGAUGUCAGAGAGCCCAGGCUGAAUCUGAGGCAAGAACUCUUGCUGCUAUGUUGAAGGAUGCAGAACGAAAAAAUGAAGAACUUAAUGAUUUGCUGAAAGCUCAGCAGGUAGAAUCUGAAAGAGCACAGACUGAUAUUGAACAGCUCUUUCAACACAACAGGAAAUUACAAACAGUUGCUGAAGAACAUGAAACACUGAAAAAAUCCUCUGUCGAUCUUCUUCAGAGGUAUGAAACAACUGAAAGACAAUAUAAAGAUCUACAGAUUACAUGCAAUUCACUAAAUAAACAAAUGGAAGCAAUGAAGAAACUAAAUGAAUCACUUAAGCAGCAGAUUGACAGGACUGCUGCACAGUUGGUAGAAACUGAAGAUCACAGAAAAGAAUUACAGCAACAACUACAGGAGAGAGAUGGCAAAAUAGCAACCUUGCAACAGAAAAUAAAAGUUCUGGAAGAAAAACUGAAAGCUCAGCAGAAAGAAAAAACAGAUAUGGAACAAACUAUAGAUAUUCUUAGAAAAGAAUUAAGUAAAACAGAACAAGCAAGGAAGGAACUGAGUAUCAAGGCAUCUUCUCUGGAAGUUCAAAAAUCUCAGUUAGAAGGACGCUUGGAAGAAAAAGAAGCACUUGUAAAACUACAGAAGGAAGAAUUGAACAAACACUCCAAUAUGAUUGCAAUGAUUCACAGUCUAAGUGGUGGCAAGUUAAGUGCGGAAACAGUGAACCUCACUUUAUAGGGCUCUAUUGUUAAGGUUUUAGUAUUUUAUACAUAUGUAUGAAUAUAUGUAAACAUUUUUAAACUUGAAGCUAGCGUACAUUCUGGCUUAAAAAAAAUCUAAAGUAGCUUAACUAUCAAUUGACAAGAAAAA